AUGUCAUGGAACGGCUUACUAUUCUAAGGGGAAAAGGAAUGCCCUCACUCUACUCUUGGUCUUGCAAAAGGAGCUACAAAAAUGGUUAUGUGUGGAACGACUUGGCUGAAAACGACAUAAUCUAUCCGACUGAAGGAGCUGAAUAUGUCCUUAAAGGUUCCGAACUAGUUGAAGGCUGUUCUGAAAAGUUGCAACAGAUUCAAAUAAACAAUACCAGACAACAACAACAACACGUUCAGGAGCUGAACUUCCGACAAAGACAAAAACCAAAAUACGAGGAAGAUAGAGAUUAUGAUGAAGGGGAAGAAGAAGAAGUAGAAGAAGAAGAAGAAGAGUACGAACUGGAUGAGGAUCAGAAAACAAGCUACACAACAAGCUCAACGACACCAAGGUCUCGCUGCUCCAGAGGAGUAUCCACAGACGAGCUCGAAGAACCCCAGGCCCAACAAGCCCCGUCCCACAAAGCCCCCUCCGAGCCCAAUACUAUUCCUCCUCUUCCUCCUGUGAGCCGCCAAAAGGACUUGUCGUCUAUGAUGACGGCGGAUAAAAACAGAGAGAAACAGAGCAACAACCGGUCGAGGAGGAUCAACGACGAAAACCUAGAUGUCGUUGCGGAAUCGGGUCCGGGUCGGAGCUCGGUUUUGCUCCAUCUGAUCGCAUGCGGAAGCUCCGCAGUGGCGAAGGCUAAGAGCACUAGUCAUGGGACCAGUAAUGGGAAUGGAAAUGGGGAUUUUCUAAGGAAAGGGGUAUUGUGUAAGAGUGCUGUGGUGAAAAUGGAAGAUGAAGAGAUGAUUAGAUUUAUGUCGGAGAAUCCGAGGUUUGGGAAUCCUCAGGCGGAGGAGAAGGAGUACUUUAGUGGGAGUAUUGUCGAAUCCAUGGCUACCGAGGGGAGGGCUGCCGGGGAUGCGCCUACGGUGCUCAAGAAGUCCAAUUCCUACAAUGAGGAAAGGUGCGCCAAAGCUGGGUUGGAGGAAUUAACUGUGGCAGAAGAGAAGAGAGAGAUGUCAAAGAUGGCAGGAAAGUGCAUACCUCGCAAGAGAUCUUCUGCAUCGUCAAAGCAAGGAUAAAAGAAAUGACAUCUUAUUAAUUGACCAUUUAAUUGAUUAUGGUGGUUGUUGAAUAUGUAAUUAUAUUGGCACUAAUUAGUGGGCUAGCUUUUGGGUUUGCUUAUAAUUACCCAACUGCUUUACGAUGCAAAAGUUGGGUAAAAGAAAGGCUCAAACCUCGAAAGUAUUUGUGAUGUUGAUACAUAUUCGGAUUAUGCAUGUGACUCCUUCUGUCCACUGGUUUCAUUAAAA